AUGAAGCAGGAGGAGCUGGCUGAACAUCUGCAGAGCAGGUUUUUUUCCUCAGUUUGUCAACCUAAACUUAAAUCUGGUCUGAAGAAGAGGUUCCAGUAUGUGUUUGAGGGGAUCGCUAAAGCAGGAAGUCCAACCGUUCUGAACCAGAUCUACACAGAGCUCUACAUCACAGAGGGAGGGACUGGAGAGGUCAAUGAUGAACAUGAGGUCAGACAUAUUGAAACAGCAUCCAGGAAACCACACAGACCAGAAACAACCAUCAGACAAGAAAACAUCUUUAAAGUCCCUCCUGGAAGAGAUCAACCAAUCAGAACAGUGAUGACAAAGGGAGUGGCUGGCAUUGGGAAAACAGUCUUAACCCAGAAGUUCACUCUGGACUGGGCUGAAGACAAAGCCCACCAGAACAUCCAGUUCAUAUUUCCAUUCACCUUCAGAGAGCUGAAUGUGCUGAAAGAGAAAAAGUUCAGCUUGGUGGACCUUGUUCAUCACUUCUUUACUGAAACCAAAAAAAUCUGCAGCUUUGAACACUUCCAGGUUCUGUUCAUCUUUGAUGGUCUGGAUGAGAGUCGACUUCCUCUGGACUUCCACAACAAGGAGAUCCUGACUGAUGUUACAGAGUCCACCUCAGUGGAUGUUCUGCUGACAAACCUCAUCAGGGGAAAACUGCUUCCCUCUGCUCUCCUCUGGAUAACCACACGACCUGCAGCAGCCAAUCAGAUCCCUCCUGAGUGUGUUGGCAUGGUGACAGAGGUCAGAGGGUUCACUGACCCACAGAAGGAGGAGUACUUCAGGAAGAGAUUCAGAGAUGAGGAGCAGGCCAGCAGGAUCAUCUCCCACAUGAAGACAUCAAGAUGCCUCCACAUCAUGUGCCACAUCCCAGUCUUCUGCUGGAUCACUGCUACGGUUCUGGAGGAUGUGUUGGAGACCAGAGAGGGAGGAGAGCUGCCCAACACCCUGACUGAGAUGUACAUUCACUUCCUGGUGGUUCAGACCAAAGUGAAGAAGGUCAAGUAUGAUGGAGGAUCUGAGACAGAUCCACAUUGGAGUCCAGAGAGCAGGAAGAUGAUUGAGUCUCUGGGAAAACUGGCGUUUGAUCAGCUGCAGAAAGGAAACCUGAUCUUCUAUGAAUCAGACCUGACAGAGUGUGGCAUCGAUAUCAGAGCAGCCUCAGUGUACUCAGGAGUGUUCACACAGAUCUUUAGAGAGGAGAGAGGGCUGUACCAGGACAAGGUGUUCUGCUUCGUCCAUCUGAGUGUUCAGGAGUUUCUUUCUGCUCUUCAUGUCCAACGGACCUUCAUCAAGGAUGGUGUCAAUCUGAUGGAAGACCAAAAAAACAUUUCUGCUUUGUCUAAAUUAUCUAAGAAACCAAAUCUAAUAAGUCUCCAUCAGAGAGCCGUGGAAAAGGCCUUACAGAGUCCAAAUGGACACCUGGACUUGUUCCUCCGCUUCCUCCUGGGUUUUUCAGUGGAGACCAAUCAGACUCUCCUGCAAGGUCUGCUGACAAAGACAGGAAGUAUCUCACAGACCAAUAAGGGAACAGUUCAGUUCAUCAAGGAGAAGAUCAAUGAGAACCUGUCUGCAGAGAAAAGCAUCAACCUGUUCCACUGUCUGAAUGAACUGAAUGAUCAUUCUCUGGUCCAGGAGAUCCAACAGUCUCUGAGUUCAGGAAGUCUCUCCACAGAUAAACUGUCUCCUGCUCAGUGGUCAGCUCUGGUCUUCAUCUUACUGUCAUCAGGAGAAGAUCUGGAUGUGUUUGACCUGGAGAAAUACUCUGCUUCAGAGGAAGCUCUUCUCAGGCUGCUGCCAGUGGUCAAAGCUUCAAACAAAUUUCUAUUGAAGAACUGUAACUUCUCAGAGAGAAGCUGUGAAGUUCUAGCCUCAGUUCUCAGCUCCCAGUCCUCUACUCUGAGAGAGAUGGACCUGAGUAACAACAAGCUGCAGGAUUCUGGACUGAAGAGUCCAAACUGCAAACUGAAAACUCUCAGAUCCAGUACUGGGCUGACGGAUCCGGGGACCUGCUGGACUGAAGGUGUAGUGCAGUUUUAUUUAAAGUCUAAAGUCUUUUGUUUCAUUUUGUCUCUCAGACUUAGAUCCUGUAACCUCUCAGGGAGAACUUGUGAAGUUCUGUCAUCAGUUCUUAGCUCCCAGUCCUGCUGUCUGAGAGAAGUUGACCUGCAGAACAACAACCUACAAGAUUCAGGGGAGAAGUUGCCGUCUGGUUCAGACUGUACACUGGAAAUAUUCAGGGAGCCUGAUGGAGUCCGAUGGUUGAAACCAGGUCUGAGGAAGUAUUCCUGUCAGCUCACAAUCGACACAAACACAGUGAACAGAAAACUCCAACUGUCUGAAGACAACAGGAAGGUGACAUGGAUGAAGAAGCUUCAGUCAUAUCCUGAUCAUCCAGACAGAUUUGAUGACUGGUCUCAGCUGCUGUGUAGUGAUGGUCUGACUGGUCGCUGUUACUGGGAGGUUGAGUGGAGAGGAAGAGUUUAUAUAUCAGUGAGUUACAGAAGAAUCAGGAGGAAAGGAUACAGUAAUGACUCUUUCUUUGGAUUUAAUGAUCAGUCCUGGAGUGUGAGCUGCUGUGAUUAUGGUUACUCUGUCUGGCACAAUAAGAAGAACACACCCAUCUCCUCCCCCUCCUCUUCCUCCUCCUCCAUCUCUAACAGAGUAGCAGUGUAUGUGGACUGUCCUGCUGGCAUUCUGUCCUUCUACAGAGUCUCCUCUGACUCACUGAUCCACCUCCACACCUUCAACACCACAUUCACUGAACCUCUUUAUCCUGGAUUCUGGUUCAGUUCUGGUUCCUCAGUGUUUCUAUGUUGAGUCUAAAGAGUCUCCUCCUGUCAGAGAAACACUCUCACUGUUGAACAGAUAGUUCAGUCUCUACAUGUCUGUCUCUUUCACUCAGAAACAUUUUCACAUUCAGUCGGUUUCUUUCUGAAACUCUUGGAAAAGAUUCCUUGUAAACUUCGUCCUCUUCCAGUCCUUUAAAGAUGGAAGCUGGGAUUAUUCCAGGAUCCAAAGGUUUGGUUCUGUUUCCAGUCAAAGCUUCAUUUAGGGUUUUUCCUCCAAAAUGCUUCCAGUGCUAUACCAAGACUGCUGCUGGAGUUGGUUCUUUACUGGUUCCUUACUGGUUCUUUACUAGUUCUUUACGUCUCUUCCAGUAAAUAUUGAUCCUGGCUCUUAAUAUCACCAUCAGAAGAAGUUUUAACAUUUCUAUCACCAAUCUUUUCUGUCAUGUUUCUUGUUUGUGUCACUAAUGUAGUUUUUCUUCAUUUGAUCUGAACAGUUUUGUACUUUAGUCCCAGAUAAACAGGCUGCCUCCUCAGGAUCUGUGGGCUGUGAAGCUCAGGGUUUCUGGAACUGAUUUGUGAUGAAAAAUGAUGACGUGAGUGGAGCUGCUGUUUUAACUGCCCAGGUGGUUGUUCAGUUCCUCACUGUUAGUAUCUGCUAUGUUUUAAUGAGCCAGAUCAGUUCACAAUAUGACCUCUGAUGAGACUGUUCCUAAAAGAAGAAUCAUUCCAGACUAUCUGUGGCUGAACUGCAGAUGAUGGAAAUGUAAAUAUUGUAGAAUAAAACAGUAUUUGCUACCAGU